AUGACUGGGGAAGCCAUCGCUCUGGCACCCACCCAACAAACACCGGCUGAAGAGACUUAUACUGCGAGGAAGAUCAACGGGAUGAUUGACUUUGAUCAUAUUCGAAAGGGCUUGGAACACUGCCAAAAUCAUCAUCCUGAAGCAUGCCAGGCCAAAUUCGACAAAGGCCUGCUCGCUACCCGCAUGAUCGAUGUCUCAACUCGAAGGGUUGUCAACUGUCCAGACCAAUGUGACUACCUAGCCCUCAGCUAUGUUUGGGGUGGUGUUCACCCUCAAGAUGGCGCCUUGGAAGCAGGAACUCUGCCUCAAACGAUUGAAGAUGCCAUCACUUUGACAAAGGGCUUGGGAAAACAGUACCUAUGGGUUGACGCCCUAUGCAUCGACCAGAGCUUGAACCCAACACCGGAACAAGCAGCUGAAAAGGCCAAGCAACUCGGGCUGAUGCAUCUUAUCUACUACUGCGCGACCAUUACCAUUUUUGCCGUGGCUGGUCCACGAUCUGACUAUGGCAUUCCCGGUGUAUCGCGUCCUCGCGUACAUUCUACAGAGGAAGUCAUUGAUGGAUACACCAUUUUGACUGUCCCGCCCCAAAUCAUGGCCGAGGUCAAGAACUCUGUUUGGCAGAGUCGUGCCUGGACCUGGCAGGAAGAUGCACUCUCCACCCGAAAGUUGUUUCUCACCGAGACUCAGUACCAACUGCAGUGCAAUGAGACACUGGGCUGUAGCUAUCACUCUGAAGCAUGUGAUUCGGUGCCUGACCUUACAUGGACGCACAUAUCAGGCGGCAAGGUCAAGGCCGGAUUUGUUGAGGCCGACAACAAAGAUUUUCUCGACAGGGCCGAUUCCAUCUUUGAGUCAAUCCUUUCCAGUUACACACCCCGAUAUAUGACCAACGAUGACGACUCUCUGAAUGCUUUCCAAGGCGCCCUUACGCGGUUCGGCUUGGCAGCUUACCCAAAGGGCUUUGAGUGGGGAAUGCCACUGAAGCAAUUCCCCCAGUCACUUGCCUGGAUACACGAUUUCACUGUCAAGCCGAAGCGGCGAGCCUCCUUCCCAAGCUGGAGUUGGGCGGGCUGGGGCGGAGGCGUGCAUUAUCCGGUCGGUCUAAUCGCCAAGGAGACUGCCCAAGUCGACCUGGUCCCACGAAUGAUUGGAAUCAAUGGCAAAGAGGUCACUCUUGAGGGCUGGGUGGCGACGCUUGACAUUCGAACCGAGCCUUUUAGUGAGCUUGUCGUACAUGGGAGUGAUACGGCAGUUGGAUGUAUCACGGAGCGAAACUUUAAGCACAACAACACCAUUCCGUCGGGGAAGUACAGAUGUUUGGUCGCAGCAAGGGUGAAGAAGGAAACAUUAAGGAAUGGGCUCCAAAAUCAGCAGGUAUUUCUGGUGAUUCUCCAUGGAGACGAAGGGCCAAAAGUCUAUGAACGACAGACGGUAAUUACAGUGAGCAGGCUGGCAGUCGAGGGCAAAGACUUUAUGGAUUUUGGUCCUGAGCAUACCACUGUCACACUAAAGUAG